AUGGGGGAUCUGUUACCGGCUGUGAUUAUAGACAAUGGCUCAGGUCUGAUCAAGGCAGGCAUGGCUGGGGACAGGGAACCACGUUUCAUCUACAGCAACAUAACAGGCCGGCCUAAAGCCAAGUCCGUGAUGCUGGGGGCAGGCCAGAAGAACCUCUACAUUGGGAAUGAGGCACAGGCCAAGCGGGGGAUCCUCUCCAUCAGGUAUCCAGUGGAGCAUGGGAUUGUCACAGCUUGGGCGGACAUGGAGGCUGUGUGGAAGAAUGUCUAUGAGCAUGACCUGAAGAUGAAGGCAAGUGAGCGGCCAGCACUGUUCACCGAGGCACCGCUCAACCCACUGGUCAAUCGAGAACAUAUGACAAAGAUUCUCUUUGAGCGCUUUGAGGUACCAGCCCUUUAUGUGGCCAUCCAGGCCGUACUGGCUCUCUAUGCGUCAGGCCUUACCACGGGCUGUGUGAUGGACUCUGGUGAUGGCGUUACCCACACUGUACCUAUCUUUGAGGGCUACUGCUUGUCCCAUGCCGUUCUCCGGCUUGACCUGGCUGGCCGUGACCUUACAGACUACCUGAUGAGAAUCCUUAAAGAGAGCGGUAUCUCCCUGGUCAGUACAGCUGAAAGGGAGAUUGUACGAGACAUGAAGGAGACCUUGUGUUAUGUGUGUCUGUAUCCAGAGGAGGAGUUGGCUAAGAAACCAAGUGAAGUAGAGAAAUCCUACAGGCUGCCUGAUGGGCAGGUUGUUAAAGUCCAGAAUCAAAGGUUCCGCUGCCCUGAGACCCUUUUCUGCCCAUCUAAUAUUGGCAUGGAGGCCCCAGGGAUUGACAAGCUCUGCUUUAACACCAUCAUGAAGUGUGACAUUGACCUGAGGACCAAUUUUUAUGCCAACAUAAUCCUGUCUGGCGGUUCCAGCCUCUUCCCUGGCAUGGCUGAGCGCAUCACCAAAGAAAUAAUCCACAUGGUCCCCAGUGACACUGAGGUGAAGGUCAUGGCUCCCCCUGACAGGAAGCUCUCUGUUUGGAUGGGGGGCUCCAUCCUCGCCUCCCUCUCUGCCUUCCAGCAAAUGUGGAUUACCAUGGCAGAGUACAGGGAAGUUGGGCCUAACAUAGUGCAUAGAAAAUGCUUCUGAAAUCCAGUUGUUUUUAAAAGGAUCUUACUGAAAGUGUUGUGGGAAAGAAAAGAACCUCAAAUUAUAGUAACCCCAAAACGCU